AUGCCGGUAGGCGGAGCCAAGUGGCUGGCUCCUCAGGUCUGCUGCGGGUACUGCGGGUGCUGGGUGCUGCCCGGGUGCUGCGGGAGAGUGCCUGCUCCGUCGUCCAGACACCGUCAUCGAGAAGCCUCUCAGGACACAGUUGUUGUUAACAAAAGAUUAGCUGAUUUGAUUGAGCAAAAUGGCUAUUAUGUUCCUAACAGUGCACUUCAGCGGCUGGCGCGAAAAGAAAAUUCUUCAUUAAUUCUAAAUCGCACAAAUCUAAUUACCCGGCCUACUGAUAACCUUCCACUAAUUCAACCCCACCCUGAUGGUUCCCUUUCUUUCUCACACUCACUCGGCAACACAAAUGUCCCUGCUACGUCAGCAUCAGUAGAUGAGGACUCAGUCGUUAGCACUGACUCGCAGUCCCACUCUCCCGCCUCCACAACCGAAGCUGAUGUUGAGGCUACAAGCGAUGAAAUCUCAAUUGCAGCACCCUACAAUUCUGACUCUCAGGGCUCAUCAGAACACUUAGCUGACGGCAUUGACUUCUUUACAUGA